CCCUCUCGAAGAGACACCUCCCAUCCCCAUCUGAGGAGCAAUCAAUAUUCAAUAAUGGCCAAGCUCAGCCUAAGUGAAGAUACCUUCCUCUUGACUCUUCUUGCUUUGCCGUCUCUCCGGGUAAACUUUUGCUCCUCCUCUUCUUCCAGGACCAGGAAGAGGUUUAGGGCUUCCACCACCAUAAGCCAGUUGCAGAAAGCGGGUCUUGUUCAGAUCUCAAAACGAACCUUUGCAGUGCUGCUCUGCUGCGGCGACGAUGAGGCUUUAUCGCCACAAUGUCAGUUCUCAAAGAGGAACCUUUGCAGGUCUGUUGGUGCUGCUUCUCCCCGUUUUCUUCCCUCAUCUCUUCAGCCCCUUGAGCCACGCCUCGCCUUCCGUUUUCUCGGAAUGGAACGCUCCUAAACCCAGACAUUUACCUCUGCUGAAGGGUGCUUUACAACGGCAAUCAUCAGACAGGCAACAAUCUGAUCUGUGGUCCCCUUUAGCCGAUCAAGGAUGGAAACCUUGCAUCAAUUCUGCAAAUCCCUCUGUGAUUCCAGAGAAGUCCCAGGGAUACAUACAGGUAUUUCUGGAUGGAGGACUGAACCAGCAGAGAAUGGGGAUUUGUGAUGCAGUUGCUGUUGCUAAAAUCUUGAAUGCAACACUUGUGAUCCCACACUUUGAAGUAAAUCCUGUUUGGCAGGAUUCAAGCUCAUUCUCAGAAAUAUUUGAUGUGGAUCACUUUAUUAAUGUCCUGAAGGAUGAAAUUUCUAUAGUUAAAGAACUGCCUAAAGAAUACUCAUGGAGCACUAGGGAGUAUUAUGCAACAGCUAUUCGAGCUACGAGAAUAAAAACAACACCUGUUCAUGCUUCAGCUAAUUGGUAUCUGGAGAAUGUUUUGCCUGUACUACAAAGUUAUGGUAUUGCUGCCAUUGCACCGUUCUCUCAUCGUUUGGCCUUCGACAACUUGCCUAUGGAAAUUCAACGCCUACGUUGUAAAGUCAACUUUCAAGCUUUGGUCUUUGUUCCUCACAUCAGAGAACUGGGAGAAACCCUUGUCAGUCGCCUUAGGCAUCCUCCUGGCAGAAAUGCACUAGUAGGUAAUGAAUACCUGCAGAAAACAACUGAAAGAAACAAAUUGGAAGCUGGAAAGUUUGCUGUUCUACAUCUUAGGUUUGAUAAGGAUAUGGCUGCCCAUUCGGCCUGUGAUUUUGGUGGGGGUAAAGCUGAAAAACUGGCUCUGGCAAAAUACAGACAAGUGAUUUGGCAGGGGAGGGUUUUAAACUCUCAGUUCACCGAUGAGGAGCUGAGGAGUCAGGGACGCUGCCCAUUGACCCCAGAAGAGAUUGGAUUGCUGCUAGCAGCUUUGGGCUUUGACAAUAGUACUCAUCUCUAUCUAGCCUCCCACAAGGUCUAUGGUGGUGAAGCAAGGAUCUCAUCUUUGCGUAAGCUGUUCCCCCUGAUGGAAGAUAAAAAGAGCCUUGCUUCUGAAGAGGAACGUGUGAAGAUUGAAGGAAAAGCUUCUUUAUUAGCUGCAGUUGAUUAUUAUGUCAGUAUGCAUAGUGAUAUCUUUAUCUCAGCAUCUCCUGGAAAUAUGCACAAUGCAUUGGUGGGUCAUCGAGCAUAUCAAAAUUUGAAGACCAUACGGCCAAACAUGGCAUUAUUAGGUCAGCUCUUCCUGAACAAGAGUAUGGGAUGGUCAGAUUUUCAGAGAGCAGUUCUGGAGGGGCACAAAGAUAGACAAGGACAGAUCAGACUGAAGAAGGAGAAGCAAUCCAUCUAUACAUAUCCUGCCCCUGAUUGCAUGUGUAGGGCUAGUACAUCACGACAACAACUCAUUAUAUGAGUUGCAACUAUGAUUGUGGCUUGUAGAGCUGGUAAUAAAGGUAGGAAUAUGCAGUUUCUUCAGUAUGUGUAGUACAUCCUAUACGCCUUAAGAAUCAUUAUCAGUCAUGUAUCUAUAUGUGCCUCUGUGUGUGAGAGAGAGAGAGGAGGGGGGUUUGACAUGUUUAUGUUGAUUCUUUUGCACCAGUUUCGAACUUCAAACCCUAUUUUGCAGUAAUAACAACACUAAUAUAGAAGAAUUUCCAAUUGUUCCUAAA